CCACCAAGUCAACCACGGCGUAUUAUCUUCCCACACGCUGCAGUCGAUGAAACAUUUUUGUGAGGGUCGCACUCUGCCAUUCUCAAUCUCUUCGUUCGUGGUUCAUUCUUUUCGUCCUCAACAGCCUCAAAUCGUCUCAUCGCCAACCGACAAAAUGACGAAGCCAGUUGUCAAGUCAUCCGUCCCAACCCAGGACCAGGUCCUCGUCCCCGAGACCCUGCUGAAGAAGAGAAAGAGCCAGGAGAAGGCCAGAGAGCAACGCAGCGCGGACCUCGAAAAGAAGAAGAAGGCCAACAAGGAGAAGCGCGGUGUCAUCUUCAAGCGUGCUGAGCAAUACGUGAAGGAGUACCGUGAUCAGGAGCGGGAAAAGAUCAGACUCGCCCGCCUGAGCAAGCAACAGGGCAACUUCUUCGUUGAUGAGCAACCCAAGCUUGUCUUCGUCAUGAGAAUCAAGGGUAUCAACAAGAUUGCGCCCAAGCCUCGCAAGAUCCUCCAACUUCUCCGUCUUAUUCAGAUCAACAAUGGCGUCUUCAUCAAGUUGACCAAGGCCACUCAAGAGAUGUUGACCAUUGUCAACCCAUACAUUGCCUACGGCUACCCCAACCUCAAGACCGUCCGAGAACUCAUCUACAAGCGUGGGUACGGAAAGAUCGACAAGCAGCGCAUCGCUCUGACCGACAACCAGCUUGUCGAAGACAACCUCGGCAAGUACGGCAUCGUCUGUGUGGAGGAUCUGAUCCACGAGAUCUUCACCGUUGGACCCAACUUCAAGCAGGCAAGCAACUUUCUGUGGCCAUUUAAGCUGUCCAACCCCAACGGCGGUUUCCGUGCCAGAAAGUUCAAGCACUUUAUCGAGGGUGGUGAUCUUGGUAACCGAGAGGAGAACAUCAAUGCUUUGAUCAGACAGAUGAACUAGAGGUGGUGAUACGACAAAAGUUGUUUCAUCUUGGUUCAGCAAGUUGUGGUUUUACGUACAGUGGGCAACUUUCGAGUGUCAUCACGCAUGGGAAUAGGCGCUAGUUGUGCUCUCGAUCAGUCGAAAAGAAUGAUUAUGACCAAACCAAUAUCAAAAAAGCAUCCUACCUGUCCCU